AUGGACCAGCUGAUUAAUCUCCUCUACCUCAACUUCUCAGAGCAGCUGAGCCUGCUACAGGAAAACGACAUGUCCUGCAGCGACUCUGUGGGGAACGGCACUUUCCUGAUCGUAGCUUACAGCGCAGUGAUUGCAGUGGGGUUGAUUGGCAACCUCUGCUUGGUGUGUGUCAUCAUCCAGCAGAAGGAGAUGAGAAACGUCACCAACAUCUUCAUUGCCAACCUCUCCUGCUCUGACAUCCUCAUGUCACUUGUUUGCAUGCCUGUCACGGUCAUUUACACCUUGAUGGACCGCUGGAUCUUAGGAGAAGUGCUCUGCAAGGCCAGCCCCUUUGCCCAGUGCAUCUCCGUCACGGUCUCCAUCCUCUCCCUUGUAUGGAUUGCCCUGGAAAGGCAUCAGCUUAUCAUCAAUCCGACUGGGCGGAAGCCAGGAGCCAACCAUGCAUACCUGGCUGUGGCCAUUACCUGGGUGGUGGCCUGCUUCAUUUCCCUGCCCUUCCUCUCCUUCACCAUCCUGACCAAUGAGCCCUUUCAAAACUUAAGCCUUCCUUUUGACCCGUUUGCCAACCACAUGGCCUGCAUUGAGCAUUGGCCAUCGGACCAGCAUCGCCUAGCUUACACCACCUUCCUCUUGCUUUUCCAGUACUGCCUGCCCCUGCUCCUCAUCAUGGCCUGCUAUUUCCGCAUCUUCCUGCGCCUUCAGCGUCGCAAGGACAUGGUGGAGCGGUCCAAGGAUGGCUCCCGGGCCACUAGCCACAGGAAGGUCAACAUUAUGUUGGCUUGCAUCGUCGUUGCUUUUGCUGCCUGUUGGUUGCCGCUCACUGUCUUCAAUGCCCUCUAUGACUGGGACCAUGAGAAGAUCUCAGUGUGCUACCACAACUUCAUCUUCUCCCUCUGCCACCUUGUGGCCAUGGCUUCCACUUGCAUCAACCCCAUCAUGUAUGGUUUCCUCAACAGCAAUUUCCAAAAGGAAGUCAAGGCAUUGCUGUAUCGCUGCAGCUGCAGCAGUGAGAAGGACAAGUAUGAAAGCUUCCCCCUUUCCACAGUCAGCACUGAGAUCUCCAAGGCCUCGCUCCAUAGUGGGGUUGGCACCAGUAUCCAUGCGUGACUGCCAAGAUUCCAUGCAGUGCCUUCCAACAGCAACCAGUCCCUUUCUCAGCUGAGCCAAGCUGGAAGUAUCUCCACUGCCUGCAUCUUUCCAAUUCUCUGGUUACUCCACCCCCAACCCAUCUCAUACCAAACUUGUAUCAGGGAUCAUCUGCAAUUG